GCGGGACUCACCGGGUCUGGUCCUCUUAAAAGGGUGGGAGCGGCCUGGGCUCAUCUCCACUGGUGUCUUCAGACGGCUGGUGCAGCGGUUCCUGGGAACAUCCUCUUGGCCUCAGUCAUGGCUUGUGGUCUGGUCGCCAGCAACCUGAAUCUCAAACCUGGGGAGUGUCUCAGAGUGCGGGGCGAGGUGGCCCCCGAUGCCAAGAGCUUUGUGCUGAACCUCGGCAAAGACAGCAACAACCUGUGCCUACACUUCAACCCUCGCUUCAAUGCCCACGGGGAUGCCAACACCAUUGUGUGCAACAGCAAGGAUGGCGGAGCCUGGGGGGCCGAGCACCGGGAGCCUGCUUUCCCCUUCCAGCCUGGGAGCAUCGUGGAGGUGUGCAUCUCCUUUGACCAGGCUGACCUGACCAUCAAGCUGCCAGAUGGACACGAAUUCAAGUUCCCUAACCGCCUCAACAUGGAGGCCAUCAACUACAUGGCAGCCGAUGGUGACUUCAAGAUCAAGUGUGUGGCCUUUGAGUGAAGCCAGCAGUGGUCAUGACCCCCAAUAAAGGCAGCUGCCCCUGUUCUUUCUGAA